AUGGCCACAGGACCCCGGCGGUGCUGUGGCCCCUCGGGGGUCUCCCCCUGCUCGUCCUCCUUCUCUCUGGAUCAGCUGCAGAGCACCGGCCACCGGGCUGGGAAGAUGGAGGCUGAGGCUGGGGCUUGGCCCGAGCCCUGCGAGAGCGGCACCAGCCUGCCGGACCGGGACAGGGAUGUGGGGAAGGGAUUCAGCGGUGAGGAUGAAGAGGUGCAGGAGGGAAAUCUCUACCCUGACGGCCACUAUCAGCGGAGACCAAGAAGCAGAGCAUCCCCCCAGAGGCUCCGCGGUCUUGGUGACGAGAAGCACGAUUUCAUGCCGGAAAAAGGGGAGACAGUGAGCGCCCUGACGCUGUGCCACUGCCAUGAGGAGCAGGACGCAAAGGGGCGGCAGCUACCGACCUCCGAAGUUUGGGAUGAGGUGAAAAGGCAGGAUAAGAAGCUCAGGUCCAGGCUGGAGGAGAAGCGAGAGCUGAUGGUGGAAAACCUGAAGAGAUGGCAGAGAGACCAGGAUCAAAGGAAGGCCAGAUGCCGUCUGGAUGAGGAACGGCUCUUGGAGGCCCGGCAGAAAGAAAUGAUGUUGCGAGAGAACAAAUGGAAGAGACUGGCGCAGGAGGAGGAAACCAAGCGUAAGGCAAAGCUUGAAAGAUCGAAGCUGCAAGCUGAGCACAGGAAACACUGUCAAGAAAAGCAGCUAAGAGAGAAGCAGAUCAUGGAGCAGGGUACUAGGGACAUGAACUACAGCGCGCUUAGAGAUAAAAUGUCACGGGCUUGUGAGAAAAGGCUUUCAAGGGAAACUGAAGGGAAGAAGAAGAGACAAGAGCUGAACCAAUAUGAAAUGACAAGACACAGGCGCCUGAAAGAUCAAGUUGAUCACCAGGCCAAAGCUGGUGAGCUUUGCAAGAGACAUGCAAUAGAACAGAAGCUCCAGAGAUCCAAAGAAAUCCUUGAUCACCUGAUGGAGGAAAGGAAUAGGGAAUCAAAGGAAAAAGCUCUAAAAGAAGAAAAACGAAGUUUCAUGGCCAAAUUUAGAGCAAAAGAGACAGAAGAAGAGAAGCAAAGACGUAAAAAUAUGUUGCUGCAAAUAGCUGAGAUGAAAAUUCAGCAAGCCCAAGAAAUGCUGGCCAAAACUAUGCAGCAGAGAGCACAACGCAGCAAGGAAAUUAACUACCAAAGACAAAAAAACAACCACUCUCAAAGGCAAAAAAUUGAAGGUGAUGAAAAAUGUCGACUACAGGAAAUAGAAGAGGCCAUCAGAAGACGAGAUCAGAAGAGUGAUCAAAUACUAAGAGAUAAGGAAUCUGCUUCAGGAAAAGCUAGAAAAAUAUGCAAAACAUCUUAUGGCCUGGGACAAAAAAUGAGAGAGCUGAUGAAUAGUCGCGCAUAUGACUAG